UUUCUGUGACUGACUUACAAAAGAUGGAAAACCAUUUAAGUGUUGAAGAUGAUAAUCAUUUUAAUUUUUUAGGAAGGUAUUCAAAAAUCAAAGGCUGAUGCAGAAGAGCAAAAUAUGGAAGUGUGUGAGGCAGUUGAUGUACAAAGUAUAAAAAAUGUAAAUCAAGUCCAAGAUCUUAAAAAACAUGAAAUUGAAGAAAUUUGUGAUGAAAUGGCUUCAAUGGAAGAACAUGAAUCCUGUAGUGGUGUUUUUCCUUCAACAAUCAACUCUAGUCCAUCUGAUCAUAUAAGGGAAGUAACAUCUGUUCAUGCAAAAAAAAGCUCUGGAGAUCCCAGUAAGCCCUUGUGCCGGAAAGCGAAAAUCAUCAGGCAAGAAAGGAAAUUGCAAAAGCUUUUGAAGUUGGGUUUGCCUGUAGAGGAAGCUACAGCAUCUCUGAAAAAAACAGCAGCCGAACCUAAAAGUCUUGAAGACUUCUUAUCCGAGCCCUUUGUUUCUGAUCCUGUAAAUAAAUUAGAGCUUCGUUUGGUUCCGUCAUCCCUUGAAAACCCCCUCUUUUACCAAACAUUUGAAGAGACGUACAGUGUGUAUAAAAAAUAUCAGAUGGCAAUUCACAAGGACCCCGAAGAGAAGUGUUCCAAGAAACAGUUCAUUCGGUUUUUGGUGAAAUGCCCUUUUCAGGUAAAAACCUUUCCUUUCUUCGAUUCCGAAGAAUUCAUGUCUACGUUUGACAAGUCGUAUAGUGUAUAUAAGAAAUAUCAAAUGAUUAUCCACAAAGAUAAAGAAGAAGAGUGCAAUCAAGAUAGUUUUGAAGAUUUUCUUGUUGAAACGGCACUAAAGGAGACUGCCGCUUCACCUGUUCCCGGUUAUGGCUCUUUCCACCAGCAGUACUGGUUGAACGACAGGCUCCUGGCUGUGGGGGUCAUCGAUAUCCUACCCUUUUGUGUGUCCUCUGUUUAUUUCUACUAUGAUCCAGACUUCAGCCACUUGUCUCUGGGAACUUAUGCAGCUCUCAGAGAAAUUGCUUUCACUCGUGAACUAAACAAAAGGUAUCCAGAACUUCAAUAUUAUUACAUGGGCUUCUAUAUUCAUUCUUGCGUCAAGAUGAGGUAUAAGGGCCAAUAUGCUCCAUCUUUUCUCUUGUGUCCUGAAACAUAUACCUUCAAACCCAUUGAAAAUUGCAAACCAAAAUUAGAUGUUGCCAAGUAUCAGCGUUUGGAGGAAGAUCCCAACAAAGAAGAUGAAGAUGGAAAGGUCAAUAUGAAGAACGUGCUCAUUUUAUUCAAUAAAAAACCAAUGCUGUACCCCAUCUAUGCCAAACUGAGCAAGAAUACACAAGAGGAGGAGGUGAUACGGGAGUAUGCUGGAUUUGUUGGGAAGAAAUGUUAUAGUAGAAUGCUUCUCUUCAGGAGCUGAAAGGAGUUGUUCUCUUGCUGCUGCACGUCCGUUUACCAAUCAGAUUUCUAGCUUCCUUGUCAUGGAGAUUGUUCACAAUUUAGAAGUGCAACAGCACAUGUUCUUUUGAAAAACAUUGCAACCAAUGACAAUCAAAGUAACAAGAUUUGAAGUGGUUAGUGCCUAAACCUCAAUGUGUCAGUGAUCUCAUUGUGGCACUGCUUCACACUUUUACAAAGUGUUUUGUUUUUAUUCU